AUGGAUUUGGUGGCAUCAGUAUAUCUGAAAAGUGGAAGAUACAAUGAGGCAUUAGAAAUGCAGGAAUAUUUAUAUGAAACUUGCAAAAGAGGUUUUGGACAAGAGCACCCAAAUACUUUGGUUUGGAAGGCAGGUGUUGCAAUAAUAUUGGAGAAAAUGGGUAGAUACAAUGAGUCAUUAUAUCUUGGGCAACCUCUGUUAGAAACUCUCAAAAAGGUUUUAGGAGAGGAACAUCCAGAUACUCUAAACAGGAUGCAGCAUGUGGCACUUACAUUGAAACAACUUGGCAGGUAUGAUGAGGCAUUGGAUCUUGAGCAACCAUUGCUUGAAAUUUCAAAGAGAACCUUAGGAGAGGAACAUCCAGAAACUUUGAACAGGAUCCAGUAUCUUGCAGUCACACUGGGUCAUGUAGGCAGGUACAAUGAAGCAUUGGAUCUUCAGCAAGCUUUACUUGAAACUGCUAAAAGGGUUUUUGGACAGGAGCAUCCAGAUACUUUGACCAAAAUAGAAGUUGAAUCCUCUAAAAGAGUACUAGGAGAGGAGCAUCCAGAUACUUUGGAUAGGAUACAGACUCUUGCAUAUACAUUUACAAAACUGAGCAGGUAUAAUGAGGCAUUAGAUCUUCAGCAAUCUUUGCUUGAAACUUCCAAGAAGAUUUUAGGACAGGAUCAUCCAGAUACACUGACCCAGAUACAGAGUCUUGCAGUGACACUGGAAGAUGUAGGCAGGAAUGUUGAAGCACUAGAUCUUGAACAAUCAUUACUUGAAACCUCCAAAAGAGUCUUGGGAGAGGAGCAUUCAGAUACUUUAAUUCGAAUGGAAAAUCUUGCUCAAACAUUUUGGGAUUUGAACAGAAAAAGUGAUGCAUUAGAUCUUGAGCAAUCAUUGCUUGAAAUCUCCAAAAAAGUUUUGGGAGAGGAACAUCCAAUCACUCUGGAAAGGAUGCAGAAUACAGCAAGCACAUUUGCACAACUUGGUAGAAACAAUGAAGCAUUGGAGUUUGGGCAAUAUUUGCUUGUAACUAAAAAAAGAGUCUUAGGGGAGGAACAUCCAGAUACUUUGAGGAGCAUGCAGAAUCUGUCAAGCACCUUUUGGCAUCUCAACCGGUGCAAUGAGGCUUUGAAUCUUCAGCAACCUUUGGUUGAAACCUCCAAAAGAGUGCUAGGAGAGGAGCAUGCAGAUACUCUGAACAGGAUGCACAAUAUGGUGAAGACAUUUAGGCAGCUGGGCAGGUAUAAUGAGGCAUUGGAUCUUCAGCAAUCGUUGCUUGAAAUCUCCAAAAAAGUCAUGGGAGAGGAGCAUCGAGAUACUUUGAUUGAAAUUCAGAAUCUUGCCCAAACAUUUUGGGAUUUAGGAAGGCAAAGUGAUGCAUUGGAGCUUGCACAAACUCUUCCUCCAGCCCUUAGGAAUUUCUUAGACAAAGAGACCCGCAUUAACCCCCCCAUGGCUAAUCAUAAUCUUCUCAGGAUGAAGAAGAAGAUUUGGAAAGCAGUAAAAGAUACGGGACUGCACGUUCGGCAAUCACUCAGAAAAAUAGUCAGAAAUUGA